CUUCCACUAACAUACGAGACCCCCCCAAAAGGGGAAAGACCCACCCCCCAUAACCCCGGUUAUUGUUAUUGUCAGUCACUUGAUUGGGACGAUACUCCCCUUCCAUUAUACUCUUGACACCGUACCUCCAUAAUGCUUGUUUUGGUCUUGGGAGACUUGCAUAUCCCGCAUAGGGUCAGCUCAUUGCCACCUAAAUUCAAGAAGUUAUUAGUUCCUGGACGAAUUCAGCACAUUCUCUGCACAGGGAACCUUUGCACCAAGGAGAGCUAUGACUACCUCAAAACCCUUGCCUCAGAUGUUCACGUCGUCCGUGGUGAUUUUGAUGAGACCAGUUAUCCAGAACAAAAAGUAGUAACUGUGGGGCAGUUUAGGAUUGGAUUGUGUCAUGGUCAUCAAGUGGUUCCUUGGGGUGACCCAGCAUCCUUGUCUCUCAUCGCUCGACAGUUAGAUGCAGACAUCCUUAUUUCGGGUCACACCCAUAAAUUUGAGGCAUUUGAAGCAGAAGGGCGCUUCUUCAUUAAUCCUGGCUCAGCUACUGGAUCUUACAGUGCCCUAGAUGGAGAGAUCACACCAUCCUUUGUUUUGAUGGAUAUCCAGAGCUCAACAGUCGUCACGUACGUUUAUCAAUUGGUGGGGGAUGAAGUAAAGGUAGAGAGGAUAGAGUAUAAGAAAGCCAAUUGAACGGUAGCCAUCGUCAUUUAGUCGCCACCUUGUGUCAUGCGAGGCAAGAUUAUGGCUUGUGAAUGUAAUGUAUGUUUAUACUUUACAUAUGUAUAUUUAUGCUAUAAAAAAUGUUACAUGUUUUAUAAGGUAUGUAGACUUAGCAUUUAUUCAGUUUCCUCCAAAGGUGACCCUUAGAAAUGUAAUUCAGUUUCACUUGACAGCAACUAAGAAUUCAUUUAUCAUAUCAUUUUAUAGUAUUGAAGUUUGUUGUAAAUACUGCAUUUUAUUUGUAUGAAAUUAUU